AUGAAGUUCACCACAGCAAUCAUCGCUUCCCUCGUGGGAACCAGCACCGCCUUAUUCGAUAAGAACCUGCCAUGGGGCAAACGCGACUACUCCUGCGUAAACGUCUACCAAGGCAUCCCCGACAACUCAACUGUCUCGGCUGGCCAAACCGUGCGCGUCCGUUUCGACCGCAAGCCCACCGGACGCUGCCAGGAUCCGUUGAGCCAGUACCCCGGUGACGACUACAGCGUGUGGCUGUACAAUAACCCUGUCCGCAAGAUGGAUACCAUCUCCUUCGAUCAGUCUAUCAAGAUUACCGAUGGGAUUAAGGAGAAGGCGGGUCUUGUUGAUGUUACUAUUCCUAAGGAUUUGCCUGAAGUUAAGGAUGGUUCGGUUUGGUAUUUGAGGGUUGCGACUACGCUUUCAACGGCGCCGCAGAUGCCAUCCUUGUUUAACGCUGCUGGGCCAUUUACGGUUGUUCGUGCAUAG